AUGAGACUCUACGUCCAGGGCAUGCGCUGCCUGAGGGCUUCUGCCCCGCGAGCCGUCCAGCUUCCCCGGAGCUCUGUACUGCUGCGAACAGCUUGCGCUGUAAGAGCCUACUCGUCGGUACCCCCGAAGGGAUCUUCAGGCUCUGUGACUAUCCGUGGACAAACUAUUAAGACUGACCCGGAGUGGUUCAAUGUCCCCGAAAACGUCCUCGAUGCUACUACAAGGAAGCUUCACUUACUUAAAGACCACCCUGUGUCCAUCACUCGCCAGAUCAUUCAGUCUAACUUCCCUGAGCCAACCUUCAAGUACCACAAUGAGUUUAGUCCCGUUGUGUCGACAAAGCAGAACUUCGACUCGCUAGGAUUCCCUUUGAACCACCCUGGCCGCGCUCUGUCCGAUACAUAUUAUAUCAACAGCGAGACGCUUUUGCGAACACAUACGAGUGCCCACCAAGCCGAUACCUUCCGAGCAAAUGAAAGCGCCGGUUAUCUUGUUUCAGCCGAUGUGUACCGGCGAGAUGCCAUUGACCGAAGCCAUUAUCCUGUAUUUCACCAAAUGGAGGGCGCCAUGUCCUGGGAUCGUACCAAGGUUCCCAACGGCGACGUCGCUGCGGCUGUGUGGAGGGAUUUCGAGAAGCUGCCUGUCCACGGAGUCAAGGUAGACGACCCUAAUCCUGCCAUGCACCCUGAGCGCAACCCACUCCAAGAUACGCACCACACAGCUGCCGAGGCUGAGGCUAUUGGUGCCCAUCUGAAGAGAUCAUUGGAAAACAUGGUUGUCGACAUCUUUAGCCGAGCCAAGGCCACUGCGAUUAAAGAGGAUCCCAACUUCGUGGACGAACCCCUCCAAAUGCGAUGGGUUGAGGCUUACUUCCCAUUUACCAGCCCCUCUUGGGAGUUAGAAGUCUACUAUGCUGGUGACUGGCUUGAGGUGUUGGGAUGUGGUGUUGUCAAGCAGGAUAUCUAUAUCAAUGCCGGCGUGCCAAACCAACUGGGCUGGGCUUUUGGCAUUGGCAUUGACCGCAUUGCAAUGCUUCUCUUCAAGAUCCCAGAUAUCCGCCUAUUCUGGUCCAAGGACAAGCGAUUCCUGUCCCAAUUUGAAGGUGUCACCGAUAAUCUGGACAACCUUAAGCGCUUCGUCCCCUUUUCCAAGUACCCUCCCUGCCCCAAGGACGUGUCUUUCUGGCUUAGCUCCACGACAGCAGCCGGCGGCAACACUAAGGGAACAUUCCACGAAAACGAUGUGAUGGAAAUUGUCCGUAACGUGGCUGGUGAUGUAGUCGAGGAUGUGCGACUCAUCGACGAGUUCACUCAUCCCAAGACCGGACGAAAGAGCAUGGCGUAUCGUAUCGUAUACCGCAGUCUGGAGAGAACUCUGACUAACGACGAGGCCGUUGCUUUCCACGAGGACGUCCGUAAAGCUCUGGUCAAGGAGCUAGGCGUUGAGCUCCGAUAG